CUCUGUUUUUGUGCAUGUUGAAAAUUCAAUUUCUUUCAACUGGUGUUUCCAACUUUUUUGAAUUAUUGGCUAUUGACCAUUGAAUAUUGAACUAAUUUGGAUAGUCAAGUUGCAGAAAAGGCAAUUGAUAGCUGGUCUAUAAAUACUGUAAUUAUCCCCAGCAAGACCAACCCAAAUUCAUUCCGUUAGCAGUUAGAAGGAAGAAAGAAAAGAUGACUGAAGAAGUGAAAUUGUUGGGAAUUAGUGGUAGUCCUUUCAGCUGUAGGGUAAUGAUUGCCCUAAAAAUGAAGAGUAUUCCUUAUGAAUUUAUAGAAGAAGAUCUCUCUAACAAGAGUCCUUUGCUCCUACAAUCUAAUCCGGUCCACAAGAAAAUCCCUGUUCUCAUCCACAACGGGAAACCAAUUGCAGAGUCUCUUGUCAUCGUUGAAUACAUUGAUGAAACAUGGAAACAAAAUCCAAUCCUGCCUCAAGAUCCUCAUGACAGAGCCAUGGCUCGUUUCUGGGCCAAGUACAUCGACGAAAAGUGUAUGAUGAGUAUGCAUUAUGCUUUCUGGAGCGAAGAGAAUGAGCGAGAGAAGGCGGUGGAAGAAGCAAACGAGUGUCUGAGGACACUCGAGAAUGAGAUAAAGGGGAAGAGAUUCUUCGGAGGAGAAAGGAUAGGAAUGGUGGAUAUAGCGGCUUGUUUUUUAGGGUUUUGGGUUGGAAUUAUUCAACAAAUAUUUGGGUUGGAAUUGCUGACGGCUGAGAAAUUUCCCAAAUUAUUUGAGUGGACUCAAGAGUUCGUCAAUUGCGAUUUGAUUAAACAAUGUCUGCCUGAGAGAGAAAAUCUCGCCGCACGUAUCAAGGUUCGCUAUGAAUCACGAACCAGUCCCGCUGCUUCUACAUAAGCCUUUUUAAACUCAGGAUUGAAUAACCCAGAACUUACAAACACAAUCAACCAGUAUGUUUAUAUAUGCUUUUCCCCAGAUUUGUCAGUUUCAAUUUCCAUGUACUUCUGAUCGGUGUGCUUGAAUUUGAAGAGAAUUAAAUACAUACUCGAAAGUUGUUGUAUACAGCAUAUAUAUGCAGUAUAUAAAAUAUAUUGUGCAAGUACAACUGUGUACGGAUUAUAUAUACACACACUGGCAGAACCAGAAAUUUAAUGAAGUGUGUGUUGAAAGGUAUGGGAGUAGAAGAUCGACUUUUCUUGUUUAUUUUGAAGUUUGAUAUAAAAUUAUUGUAUAACAAAGUUAAAAUUAUAUCAAUGGAUUGAGAUAUGUGUA